GGAUGGGGAUGUUUGAAACUCACUGUGGAAGAGCAGCAGAAACAGACAGUUUUUAAAGCGUGUGCUGCUGGUGGAGGGCUAUCCAGGGCAGGGCUAUCAGCAGGACCAGAAGAGCCCGCCCAACACGGGCCCACCUUAAGAUUGCAUCUCCACAGCUGCGCUGCACACGCCGCUGGUAUUGACUCCCAACGAAAGCCUGGGACUCCAGAUAAUGGGACUUGGCCCCAAACACUAACGGAGUAUGCCUUUUCUGCCAUUCCGGGAAAAGUUGAGGCUGAGCCGCACAGCCUGACCCUGGAACAGACCCGUGGCAUUUCCCUGAAUGCUGACUAGAUAGGGGAGGGGGCGGGGGUGCCUUUUUAAAACUUGAAACUGACUCGGACGGAAAUCUUUAUCUGCAGCUCACAUCUGGCUCUUUCGCGGAGACUUCAACUUUACAAAGGAGCUGGGUUUCUACGUUGGAGGAAGCUGUCUGUCUGUCGGUUGUUGAUGCUCCACAGAAGUCACGGCUGCAGCAGGAGCAGAACGGCAGACACGGCCUGAACAGAACCUGUCAAAGAAGGGCUCUAGGGUGUGCUACGGCAUGAGGCUUUCAGGGCCACUCAGUGCUGAGGAUACAAACCACCAGAGCUGCCGACUGACCGGUAGAUCCAAGAGGACGUGUCUACCAUGGACUGCAGAUCGCAGGAUGAAGCCAUGGCUUCCAGGAGCGCGGCUCACCCUACUGCUGCCGCUGCUGCUGUUGCUGCUCUGUGCUGGUCAGACACCUGUGGGGAGAGCUGAGGCUGCUCCUAAGGUCGACCUUGACUUGACACCAGGUUCCUUUGAUGAUCAGUACCAAGGCUGUAGCAAACAGGUCAUGGAGGAGCUAAGACAAGGAGACUAUUUUAUGAAGGAAAUAGACACUCAUAAGUAUUACUCCAGAGCAUGGCAUAAAGCCCACUUAACCUGGCUGAGCCAGGCGAAGACUGUCCCCAAGAGCAUGACCUCUGUGCAUCCUGUGGCCAUCUUGGUCUACACUUUGAAUCACAAUGUGAGCUCAGACUUUGCUAAGGCCAUGAGCAGGGAUACGGGGUCUCCCGGGCAGUACAGACAGUCGUUCCACUUCAAGUAUCUGCACUACUACCUCACCUCAGCCAUCCAGCUGCUGAGAAAAGAAAGCCCCACAAAGAACGGCAGUCUGUGCUACGAGGUGUACUGGAGGAUGAAGGAUGUGAACUUGGAAGCCAACAUUGGUUCCACCAUUCGAUUUGGCCAGUUCCUUUCCGCCUCCCUGCUAAAGGAAGAGAUGCCGGUGUCUAGAAACCAAAUGCUGUUCACUAUUUUUACUUGCCUCGGUGUCUCUGUGCAAGACUUCUCUCUCAGGAAGGAAGUCUUAAUCCCCCCCUAUGAGUUCUUUGAAGUCGUAAGUAAGAACUACAGCACCAAAGGAGACUUGAUAAGCUUGCGGUCUGCUGGGAACGUGAGCGCUUAUAACUGCCAGCUGCUGAACGCUUCCAGCAAGAAAUGCGCCCCUGCUCCUGUGGUUAUUGUUUCCCUCUUCUUGGUCGGCGUUGUUACCUCUUCCAAAAACAGCGAGCAACAACGGAGUCUACUGGCUCUUUUUUAAGGAAACUAUUAUACCUUUUACUCGUCUUUUUGUUACCAGAAUCUGAGGCCCACCCUUCCCACCAAACCACAGAAGACAAGGGAGACAGAAGUUGAUGGGGAAAAAAUGUUUUUUCAAAACCAGCCCUAAAUAAGGCAGAAGGCUAUCUCAACUCCCUACCAGGAGGGAGGGGGACUGAAUUGGUUACUUUUCCUGUUUGUUGCUAGCACCAAAAAAACCAAACACAGGAGCUCAAAGUUCAGGAGGAA